AUGACUCGAAUCAAGUAGAAAAUAGUCUAUGUAAACAUAUUAAAGGACUGGCUAAAGAUUAUAAAGGCUUAUUUGAUGUUAUCUAUGACAUCAGAUAUGAUAGUAUAUGUUUCACCAUAUGGAAAAUAUAGAUUAGUAGAAAUUAGAGUAUUGGACAUUUAGAACUUGACUCAAUUUUAUAAGGUCUUAAGAACCAGAAAAGGAAAUGAAAGAAGUUAUCUCCAUCUACAAUAAGAUAUCGUUUAACGUCUGGGUUUAGCAAGAUUAUCAUUUGGUGAGAAGAUGAUCCUUCCACUAUGUGCUAGAUCAUUUGACCGCGCAGAAAUAUUCAAACAUUCCUGCAUUGCAAGUAUAGACCUUGCUCUCCAAAGGGGCCGUCUAUAAUGA